AUGCUCAAGGGUCGGUUUGAACAACAUCAAAGUGCCGAGCACUCGAGCCAGCCUGUGCAGCCCCCGGCCGAGGAGACCCCGCAGAACACGCUGCCGCCGCUGCGCAACCGCGCCGGCGAGAGCGAUAGUCCCUAUGUCAGAAGGCAUGCAGACACCCCUGUAGCCUGGCAGCUGCUCGAUGAGGCGACCAUCGAGCGCGCGAAGGAAGAGAACAAGCCUAUCUUUAUGCAUAUCGGCUUCCUGGCCGAUCACUUCUGCCACCUCACAACCCAAGACUCUUUCUCCAACCCUGCCGUCGCCGAGUUCCUCAACCAAUCCUUCAUCCCCAUCCUGAUUGACCGCGAGGAGCGCCCCGACCUGGACACCAUCUUCCAAAACUACAGCGAAGCCGUCAAUGCCACGGGCGGUUGGCCUCUCAACCUCUUCCUCACCCCGGACCUGUAUCCCAUCUUCGGUGGUACGUACUGGCCCGGCCCAGGCACCGAGCACAGCACGCUGGGAAGCGACCGCGCCAGCGAGAGCGCGAUUGCCGGCGAGCCGGGCGAGGACUCGUACGGCGAUUUCUUGGCUAUUGCGAAGAAGAUCCAUGGGUUCUGGGUCACGCAGGAGGAGCGAUGCCGUAGGGAAGCAUUCGAGAUGCUCCACAAGCUCCAGGACUUUGCACAGGAGGGGACGUUCAGCACACCCGUGGGGUCUGGGUCGGCUGCGUCGGCUGCCGCUGAUAAUAGCGACCUAGACCUGGAUCAGCUUGAUGAGGCGUUGACGAGGAUAGCCAAGAUGUUCGAUCCGGUGUAUCAUGGGUUUGGCACGCCCAAGUUCCCUAACCCUGCGCGCUUGUCGUUCUUGCUGCGGUUGGCUAAGUUCCCGACUGAAGUUUCGGACGUGAUUGGCGAGAGGGAGGUCGAGAAUGGUACUGCUAUGGCACUCAAGACGCUUCGGCGGAUUCGCGAUGGAGGUCUGCACGAUCAUCUUGGUGCCGGAUUCAUGCGGUUCAGUGUUACUAAGAAUUGGGGGCUGCCUCACUUUGAGAAGAUGGUCUGCGAGAAUGCCCUGCUGCUGGGGGUAUUCCUUGACGCAUGGCUGGGCUACACCGCUGGCCCGAAGGGCCCGUCCCUGCAGGACGAGUUUGCGGAUGUGGUGGUUGAGGUCGCUGAUUACCUCACCGGCCCUAUCAUCCGUACUCCGCAGGGAGGGUUCGUCACAUCCGAAGCAGCAGACUCAUACUACCGUCGUGGUGACAAGCACAUGCGCGAAGGGGCUUACUACCUGUGGACUCGCAGGGAGUUUGACCAGGUAGUCGGCGGUUCAGGCACUUCUAGCGAUGACCAUGCGUUGGCGGUCGCUGCGGCGUACUGGAACGUUCUGGAAGACGGGAACGUGCCGCAGGAGAAUGACCCGUUUGACGAAUUCAUCAAUCAGAAUGUUCUCUGCGUCAACAGGGACGUAGUAGAGCUAUCGAGACAGUUUGGCAUGCCACAAGCGGAGAUCAGGAGGGUUGUAGAUGAUGCACGGGCGAAGUUACGGGCGCAUCGGGAGAAGGAGCGUGUCAGGCCGGAGAGAGAUGAAAAAGUUGUUGUUUCCACGAAUGGCAUGGUCAUUUCGGCUCUGGCCAGGACAGCUGCUGCGCUUAAGGGGGUUGAUGACGAGCGCGCGGCGAGAUAUCUUAAGGCGGCUGAGCAGGCGGCGUCGUUUAUUAAAGAGAAACUCUGGGAUGAGAAGCAGACCGCAGGGAAUCCGUUGAGGAGGUUCUGGUAUCAGCGGCCGAGUGAUACGAAGGCGUUUGCGGAUGAUUAUGCCUUCUUGAUCGAGGGUCUGCUGGAUCUCUACACCACAACGCUCGAUAAGAAGUGGGCUGACUGGGCUAAGCAAUUACAAGAUGCCCAAAUCCGCCUCUUCUACGAUCCAAUCGUCCCCGCAACCACCGGUGCCCAGCCCUCCCCUCGCCAGGCCUACUCCGGCGGCUUCUACUCCAACGAACUCGCCGCCAUCUCCCCAACCAUCCUGCGCCUCAAGUCCGGUAUGGACAAGUCUCAGCCCUCGACCAAUGCCGUCGCCGCCGCCAACCUGUUCCGUUUGGGUGCACUGUUCGCCUCGAAAGAGUAUACCUCGCUCGCGCGAGAAACGGUCAAUGCAUUCGAGGCUGAGGUCCUGCAGUACCCGUGGCUGUUUGUCGGAUUGUUGGCGAGCGUUGUGAGUAUGCGCUUGGGGGUUAGGGUGGUUAAGGUUAAGGGGAAGGAGGAUGAGGCCAAGUUGAGGAGAGUUUGGAGGGCACCGAGGGCCGAGGCGUGUGUGGUUGUUGUUCAGGGGGUGGAUGGGGAGGAGUUGGCUGGGAAGGUGGAGGGGUUGAGGAUUGAGUGA